AUGAUGGGACAAUUAAUUAAGAUCUCAAAUAGGAGUAUAUCCAAAUGGGAGAAAUCUAUUCAUAUUUCUUUAAACGUGUCCAAUUGUUCUUGCUUCAAAACACCAACCAACCCUAGGCAGAGUUGUGAGCAGAUUAAGACGCAAGAAAAUGGAGGAAAAAGCCCUAGGGAAGGUGUUGAGCUGCCAGAUGAUCUAGUAGAAGAGAUUGUCCAUCAUCUGAGGUGGGUGAAAUCAUUGUUGAGGUUUAAAUCAAUAUCGAAAGGAUGGAAAUCAAUGAUCGAAUCGGGCCAUCUAGCAGAGAAACACCUUCGUCUCCGUCAGAAAAGGGAUGGAGCGGAAGAGCUGAAAGUCACUUUCAAAUGGUCCGAACAGAGAUGCUUUCGUAUGGAGUUUAUCUCAAAAAACGAUGGAUUUAGUGAAGCAGACAAGGUAGAGCCAGAAGAGUAUAUUCGAGUUGCUGGAUCUUGUAACGGUUUGUUCUGCAUCUACGAUUUGGUCUACGUUUAUCUAACCAACCCUAUGACAAAAGUGAUGCGGGCACUUGUUCCUCCUCAAGGUUUCAAACUUUCAGUGGGAUUUGGGAGAGACAUAGUGAGAGGAACAUGCAAAGUGGUGGUUCUGUAUAGUCCCGAUGACAGAGUGGAGACAUUUGUUUUCGAUCUGGGCACUAGCGAGUGGAGGCGGACCGCAGGUCCAAUGCCUCUUGGUCUCACUCUAAUCAGCCCUGAAAGAAACCCAGCCUUUGUAAAGGGCUCACUCUUCUGGUUGUUGACAAGCGAGAUACUAGUCAUGGAUCUUCACACCGAAAAGUUCCGUACUGUGUCACAACUUCUCGCUUCUGAGUCGUCUCCGGCUCCCAUUUACAUUUGGAGUUUCGAAGACCGUCUCUGUGUCUCUGAUUUCAGCUACGUGUGGUUUCUUGUGCAGGACAAGGUUAGUGAGAGGUAG